CGCACGCUCACACGUAUAACUCCGUCGAACUUGUUAGGGUUUUAGAGUCGGCUAUAUUGAUAUAUAAAUAGCCGCACGCCAUUCUUCUAGUCUCCUCAUUUCUAAGAUUAGGGUUUCCACCAGAACUCAGACAGGAAUUUCGCCAUGGGGAGGAGACCAGCCAGAUGUUAUCGUCAGAUCAAGAAUAAGCCAUACCCAAAAUCCCGGUUUUGCCGUGGUGUGCCUGACCCCAAGAUCAGGAUUUAUGAUGUUGGAAUGAAGAAGAAAGGAGUUGACGAGUUCCCCUUCUGUGUUCACUUGGUUUCAUGGGAGAAGGAAAAUGUGUCCAGUGAAGCUCUUGAGGCAGCUCGUAUUGCUUGCAACAAAUACAUGUCCAAGUUCGCUGGGAAAGAUGCUUUCCAUCUACGAGUCCGUGUUCACCCUUUCCAUGUCCUCCGUAUCAAUAAGAUGCUUUCAUGUGCUGGAGCUGAUAGGCUUCAGACUGGAAUGAGGGGUGCUUUUGGAAAGCCACAGGGAGUUUGUGCCCGAGUUAGUAUUGGCCAAGUCCUUUUGUCUGUUCGUUGCAAGGACAACAACAGCCAACAUGCUCAGGAGGCUCUUCGCCGUGCUAAGUUCAAAUUCCCUGGUCGUCAAAAGAUCAUUGUCAGCAGGAAGUGGGGAUUCACCAAGUUUAGCCGCAGUGAUUAUGUCAAGUUGAAGGCAGAGAACCGGAUUCAACCUGAUGGUGUCAAUGCUAAGCUUCUCGGAUGCCAUGGACCUUUGGCCAAUCGUCAACCUGGAAGAGCAUUCAUAGAUGCUGCUGUUGCUUGAUUUCUUCUAAUAUCUAGUCUGGACGAGCUUUUCUUUUAUCUAGUCUGAACUUUGCAUACCGUUUUCCGUUUAUGUACUUUUCGUUUGGGAUUAUAUAUUCUGCUUUUCAUCUAAUGAAAAUUUUGUAUUUCGUACAA